AUGCCACAAAAGGGCCGGUACUACCACACCUGGCUUUUCAGGAUGCGCUCUAACCCAAUCACAAUCUACUAUGGAAAAAUUCUCACAUAUAACCAUUUUUUACGAAACGAACAACUCAAUAAGGUUACUGUUUCCAGAGCUUUUUAUGAAUUAUGGAAGCACAAGGACAUACAAUCGGAAGAAAAUGAUUGCAACCAUCUUUUUAAGAUUUUAAAUGAGUUGUUGACAGAAGAUCUAGAUAAUGAAAGAAAGAAUCAUCUCAAAUCAUUACAAACUAUUGACAAGAGCCAGUGCAAAUUCAUAAUUGCGCCUUCCGAAACAAGAAGACAUAAGGAAUGGAUUGAGAGUGAAAACAACAGGGUGAUAACAGCAACAAAUAUAACAGACACGCUUCUGCAAGAAACUAAAAGGAAUGUCUUUCGUAAAAUUUCUAAAGCUUCGGAGAAUGCACUUGUAGACGUUAUAACACGUAUUAUAGAGGCAUCGAUAUAUCAAAUGCCAGUUGACUUUGACAUCGAAGUAACGAGAAAUGAUCGUCAAAGUAUUGCCAGCAAAAAACGAAAAAAUCGACAAGAGACCAGUUCAAGAGGCAACAAACCUGACUUAAUGAUUCGCGCAUUUUUCAAAAAUAAGUGGAACGAACUCGCAUAUGUCGAAAGUGGGAAAUGGAGAUCAACAGACACAAAAACCCUUAAUGAUCAUAACAAGCUAGCUCGUUUAAGCUUAGACGGAUAUACCGAUAUGUCAAAAAAAACUAAAAAGAACGAGCUAUAUAAAUUUUGUAUUAUAUUUGGUAUCAAUAUUACAGAUGACCAUUGUAUUGUUAUACAUGGGUUUUUGCGAGAAAAAGGUAUAAAAUUUUAUCUCCCUAUCAUCAAAGCCAAGAUUCCCUUUCAUAACGAAACAGUGGAUGAAGUUGAAGAAUUUGUGCAUGCGUUAUUAAUUUUGCGGAACGGAAUAUUGGUAAAUCUUCAUGAAACCAGUCAUAUUUUAGAUGUUUUAAUAUUGUUAGCAAUAUAA